UAGCGAUGUGAAUGUCAAUUUCCUCAACAGGUCGAAAUGUAGCCCUGUAUGGAAGGGCAACCCAGUCAAACCUGAUUGACAACCCCUGGUCAGGGUACAGUGAUGCCCACAAUGCCAUUGAUGGAAAUCGUGACUCACAUUUCCAUCAUGGAUCCUGCUCUUCCACUAACACACAGACCAACCCCUGGUGGAGGGUUGACCUGCUGAAGGAGUACAUCAUCACAUCAGUGGUCAUCACCAACAGAGGUGACUGCUGCUCUGAGAGACUCGAUGGAGCUGAGAUUCAUAUUGGCAGCUCCCUGCUGGAAAAUGGCAACCGCAAUCCACUAGCAGGAGUGAUCUCUUCUAUUCCUGCUGGACGUUUUCAAACUUUUACACUCACAGAAAACAAUGUGGGCCGAUACGUCAAUGUUUUGCUACCUGGAGAGAAAAGGCUUUUGACGCUCUGUGAAGUUGAGGUCUACGGCUACCGAAAGGAAUAUGAGAAUGCAGCGCUGAGAGGAGUGGCCACACAAUCAAGCUUGAAUGGUCAUGGAUUUGCCAUCAACGCCAUUGAUGGAAAUCGUGAUGGCAGAUGGGAACGUGGCUCAUGUAGCCAUACGGCUAGGGUGUCUGGAGGUACCCAAACCUUUGACUGCAAUGGGAUGAUCGGCCGCCAUGUCACCGUGGUGAUACCUGGACGUGCGGAGUACCUUAGUCUCUGUGAGGUCGAGGUGUCUGGAUUUCCUUUGGAGUAA